CCACUACCCCCGAGAUUCGCGCGCUUGCCUCCCUGCGGCCGGGAUCGCCCCACCCAGGCCCUCGGUCUGUCCACUGGGGGCGCGCGCAGUGCGUGGCAGGCGGUAGCGGCGCUGGCGGCUGAGAACGCGGGUCGUGCGGCGGAGCGUGGUUGCUAGGGGCGCCUGAGCCCUCCUGCCUGUCCCGCAGGCCAAAGGAGGAAGCCGCGCGGAGCCGGCGCCGAGUCGGGCGAAGCGGGUCCACUAGGCAAAGUGAGAAGACGGAGCUCAGAGGAACACCAAGGAAGCAGAGAAUUUAUAGCCAAUUAAAAAAUGAGCUGACAGACUUCAAGGAUGCAGCUAUUACUGGAGAUGUGUGGCACCUUACCUGAGCCAGGCCAUGAGGCCAUGUUGCCAUGAUGUGGGCCCCUCAUGGCCUCAGCAGGAACUGAAUACUACAGUAUUGGCCAGGGAAAUAGCUUCACGAAGAGGGGUCCCUCUGGCAAAGUAUCUGCCCCACCAUCUGAGAAACCCUCUGAGGGCAAAGUCUGGUCUCAGUUUCAUCAGCAGGCGAAGUCAGUCUGGAAGCUGGAGAAGCACGUAGGCACCCUUUCAGCAGGAUUGGACCUACACCUCUUGGGUUUCCCAAACGAGCCAGCGUAUUUCUUUUGUCCCAGCACUUCAUGUAGCUCUGGGACCACAGCUGCCCUUGCAGGCCACAGCAACGCCUGUUACCUGCCUUCUGUCCCGGACUUGUUCAGCAGUACCCUGCUGUACCGCCGCUUCAACCAUAGGCACAAAACAUAUCAGCAGCUGGAGUCUUUCUGCUUACGUUCAAGACCGUCAGAAAAAAGAUCUUUUUCUGUCCCUCAAAAGAGCCUCCUUGUCAGACUCACUGCCAAUCAGGCCACUUCUUCCACGGUCUCCCCCAUGGCCCAGCCUGUGGCAUCCUCAUCCAUAGAGCCAUACCUCACACUGGGAGCAGCUGGGGAAAACCCUUCAGGGAAGAGGCUGGCUUCUGCCAUCUCAGGGAAGAUCCCAUCUCCACUCUCCUCCCCUUCACCCUUCUAUAAGCCCAUGCUAAAUAACUCCACGCGGCCAAGUAGCACUAAAGUGCCUUUAUCAGUGGCCACAGAGGGCCUGAAGCCAUUAUCCUCACCCAAGAUCCAACUUGUGUCCUGGCACCAUUCAGGGGGCACUGGAGACUGUGCAUUCCAGCCUAUUGAACACAAGGUACCCAAGAGCAAUGGCAUUGUCGUACAUGGUGCCCUUGCCCAUAGCACCCUGUCUACUCCUAGCUCCUUAGACACUUCUACCACCAGUGUUGCCUCCCCCCAGUACAACCACAGUAACUUAGUCAUGAGGAUAAAGCCACAUCCCUGUGGCCUGAAUGGCGACCCUGUUUCCCAGGCUCUGACCAAGGAGGCUCGGUUCACUGAGGCUGUGAGGCAGUUGACUGCAAGAGGCUUUGAGAAGCCGAGGCAAGGCUCCCAGUUUGAACAGUCUUGUUUUGUGAACCCGAGUUUGCAAUGGGAUCUCCUCAACAGGAACAGGCAGUGGAAACCUCCUGUGGUAGGCCAGCAGUUCCCCCAGGAGGGUGCCCCAGCAGACAAUAGGAUCCUCCCUGGAGCCUCAGACACCUUGGAGUUGGACAAUACAGUCUUUUGUACCAAACGCAUCAGCAUUCACCUCAUUGCCUCACACACCAGUGGGCUCAGCCAUAGCCCUGUCUGUGGGUCUGCGGUCGACUCCCCACCACCCGGAGAAGACAAGACGCCAGUGCUGCCUUCUCCCACUCAGCCCUGUGACCUAGCAGAUGUGGCCACCCACCUCUCUUCCAUCCAUUUGGACCAGCUUGGGAAGGAGGAGCCUGUAGAAGUCAGGGAGCUGGACUCACCUGCUAAGGAUAUUGGUUCAGCUACUGACCUCCAGCCAGACCAGGUUGAGGCUGACGAUCUAGAAGAAGAGCUGGUAGAUGGUUUGGAAGACUGCUGCAGCAAUGAUGGGAAUGAAGAGGAGGAGGGAGGCUCAGAGUGCUCCUCAUUCCGUGCCGUCUCUUCCAGCGAGUCGAUAGCAGUGAUCUCUCGGGGCUGCAAUGAGGCUCUGACCAAACCUCUUUCCAAUGAGAAAGUUGUCCGGCCAGCCCUUAUCUACAGUCUCUUUCCCAAUGUGCCUCCUACCAUCUAUUUUGGCACUCGAGAAGAGAAAGUGGAGAAACUUCCCUGGGAACAAAGGAAGCUGCUGCGGUGGAAGAUGAGCACAGUGACCCCCAACAUUGUCAGACAGACCAUUGGACGGUCCCACUUCAAAGUCAGCAAGAAAAAUGAUGACUGGCUGGGCUGCUGGGGUCACCACAUGAAGUCUUCUAGUUUCCGAUCUCUUCGGGGGCACCAGAAGCUAAACCACUUCCCAGGAUCAUUCCAAAUUGGGCGAAAGGACCGGCUGUGGCGGAACCUAUCCCGCAUGCAAAACUGCUUUGGCAAGAAGGAGUUCAGUUUCUUCCCCCAAUCCUUCAUCCUGCCCCAGGAUGCCAAGCUCCUGCGCAAAGCCUGGGAGAGCAGCAGCCGCCAAAAGUGGAUUGUUAAACCACCAGCAUCAGCUCGGGGCAUUGGCAUCCAGGUCAUUCACAAAUGGAGUCAGCUCCCCAAGAGAAGGCCCCUUCUGGUACAGAGGUAUCUACACAAACCCUACCUCAUCAGUGGCAGCAAAUUUGAUCUGCGAAUCUAUGUUUACGUCACCUGCUAUGAUCCUCUACGGAUUUACCUCUUUUCAGAUGGACUCGUCCGCUUUGCCAGUUGCAAGUAUUCCCCUUCCAUGAAGAGCCUUGGUAACAAGUUCAUGCACCUGACCAACUACAGUGUCAAUAAAAAGAAUGCUGAGUACCAGGCCAAUGCAGAUGAAACGGCCUGCCAGGGCCACAAAUGGGCACUGAAAGCUUUGUGGAACUACCUGAGCCAGAAAGGAGUCAAUAGUGAUGCCAUAUGGGAGAAGAUAAAGGAUGUUGUUGUCAAAACCAUCAUCUCGUCAGAACCCUACGUGACCAGCCUGCUGAAGAUGUAUGUGCGGCGGCCCUAUAGUUGCCACGAGCUCUUUGGUUUUGACAUCAUGCUGGAUGAGAACCUUAAGCCCUGGGUCCUGGAGGUCAACAUUUCCCCAAGCCUCCACUCUAACUCUCCAUUGGACAUCAGCAUCAAAGGCCAAAUGAUCCGUGACCUUCUGAACCUGGCAGGCUUUGUUCUGCCCAACGCAGAGGACAUUUCCAGCUCCAGCUGCUCCAGCAGCUCCACCAGCCUGCCCACCUCCCCCAGGAACAAAUGUCAAAUGGCCCCAGAGCAAAUCACUGCACAGAAGUUGAAGAAAGCCUAUUACCUGACCCAGAAAAUUCCUGAUCAGGAUUUCUAUGCAUCUGUGCUGGAUGUCCUGACACCAGAUGACGUUCGGGUUUUGGUCGAGAUGGAAGACGAGUUUUCCCGCCGGGGUCAAUUUGAACGAAUUUUUCCUUCCCGAAUUUCUUCUCGCUAUCUCCGCUUUUUUGAGCAGCCACGUUAUUUCAACAUUCUCACCACCCAGUGGGAACAGAAGUACCAUGGCAACAAGCUCAAAGGAGUAGAUCUGCUUCGGAGUUGGUGCUACAAGGGGUUCCACACAGGAGCCAUCACUGAGUCUGCUCCAGUGUGGUCUCUCCCGACAUCACUUCUGACUGUCCCAAAGGCUGAUGUGAUGGUCAGUGCUUUCUCCAAAUCGGAGACUGGCAAGCUGGGGAAACCCAUUUCCUCAAAAGACAGUGAAGACACCAGCAAAGAGCCCAGCCUCUCCAAGCAGAUGUUACCUGUGAACAAAUACUCUGGGCGGACUUUGAGACUCUCUGCUCCCCCCACCUCCCAGUCAACCGGUGACUCCCUCCUGGCUGCUGUGAGCCCUUGACUGGCCUCUUUCCACUAGCCCCUGCCCAGGAGCACUGGCGUAGCUACCUCAUGGGAACUGGCCAGCCUGAGCCCCUGCCCCCUCACCUUCCCCCUCUUCAGAGUAUUUUUUUUGAAGCAGUAAAAUUACAGAGAUGGUUAUCUGAAGGGUUGGUGGGGUGGUGGGGACAGGGAGAAGGUGAAGAAGGUUCACUGGCUGGUACCUCAUAUCUCAGCAGAGAAGCCAAUGACAGCUACUCAGCCUUAUAAAGCAGGGUUGCUUUCUACCUUCAGAGAGCUGUGUGUGGUUUGUUUUAGGCCUUGGUGCAGUGAUUGAAUCGAGUUCAAGAGGAGAAAACCUAGUGAACCUGUUUGGGCCUGAAGUCCUUUGUAGUUGAGGAGGUUCCUCUGAAGGUUCUCAUUUCCUCAGGUCUUCUGUCCGCUCCCUCCCUUCCCUUUUAUCCUGAGAAGCCACUUUCAGAAACCUUCAAACUUCCUCAGUAGACAGGGAGAGGCGAUGACAUGGUGAAACCGUGUCCUAUCAUGCUAGUCUUGGGAGCUUCACCACCUGUAGACCAUUUGUCUUUACAUAUGUUCACCCAGCCAGUGGCCCUGGGUCUUCCUAUUCUGACCUCAUAACACUACUCAGUCAACCUUCUAGCCUUCUCAGUCAUGGAUGUUUCCUCUUCAACUCGUGGCUUUCUGAGGGUGAGAGCCAAAUUGUGAAUUUCCUAUGGCCUCAGUGAAGGAGCCUGGAUAAUCCCACUUGCUGUUGUCUGUCAAUGGACACAGUCUGGGGGAGAGCAGAGGGAGCUGUGAUUUCCCCAUAACCUAGGAAGGCUCAUGAUCUCUUUACUCCCUUCACUGUCUCUGAUUAAUGGGGUCUAGCUCACAGGUCGCUAGGGCAAGCAGAGUCUGGUGGCAUAGCAGGUGGAUUUCAGAAGCAGUCAUUCAUUGAAGGAUGGGCUUCCACACACUGCUGCCUAAACUCUUGUACUCUUAACUGAAUCUACCUCCCUCCCUAAGACUCAGUAAAACAGUGACUGUUCAAUAAAUGUUUGAAUGAACUGUACAGACCGAGAUCUCCAAAGACACUUGUAUCUGAUCCAGAAGGUCUACUUAUCUCUCCCCUGGGGAAAAGUGGCACCCAGGGAAUCCAAGGUGGGAAGUUUGGAUCAGAAAGGUUGUUUUCACUUGAACUGUGCUCCUUCUUAACCCAUACAAAGGUACUUCCUGGUUACUGCUUGCCCCCUCCCCUGCCCUGUCAUCCCUUUACUUUGUUGUUCUAGCAGCGGGGUCCAACAAGAAGCCACUGGCCCAUCUGGAUACCCAAGUUUUCCCCUUUGCACAUCAGGCAGGGAGCUCUGCUCACAGUCCUGUCCUGGGCCCUGCCAUCAUUCUGAGCUUUGGGAAGAUGGAGACUACUCUGCUUUAUGGCUCCUGGAGUUCUAUGGCAAGCUGGAAUGGAGCCAUGGAAAAAUCACUACGAGGUCUGACUAGGUUCAAGGCCACACAAGUAGGUGGCUGGGCUGGCCAGUGUGAAGGCCAUGUUGACAAGUUGGGAAGAAAGCUUGGCAGAGUUCUGGGGUAGCCCAGCAGGAGAGGUCUUUGAAGCCAGCUCCUUCUUGUCCUACCUGGAUGCAAAAAUAUCACAGUGAGCCUUGUGACAAAGACAGUAAGCAGGCUUCCUAAGAAAACUAGCCACCUGUGUAAGUAGUUUCGUUGUGGUUGGUCCUCUGGUCAAGGGCUUCGGUGUAGAGGCCUGCCUGAGCUGGCUUACUCCUUGCAAUCCAGCUUCAAUUCUCUGGCCUACCUUCUGAGAGUACAACCAGUCCAUUUCCAUCCCUGCAACUGGAGAGGAAACCAGCAUUGCAGCAUGAUGGUAAUGGAGGGGUGCAGGGGGAGGCAGUAAAGGACUUAGGAAAUUAAAUGAUGAAAAUAGAGUGUUCUUAGUAGUUUAAAACAUGUUUAUACAUGCAUUGUUUUUAAUUUUCACCACAUUUGAAUAUAGGAAAGGUGUGUUUUGCUGGGUGGGAGAAGGAAUGGGGUUUAUGUAUUUCCCUUUUAUCAUUGGGAGAAAAUUAAAUCUUGCUUAUUAAGCAUUCAGCAUACAUACUUAGCAAUGAAUACCCACAGUAUAAGGUGUUCAGCUGAAUAAGGAAUUUUGGAGAAGUAAUGAUAUUUCUUAGAAAGUUUAAAGUUGGGGAUAUAGUAGGAUAAAUGUCAGGACAUGUUAGUUGUUUUCCUAACUUACCCAGACCCUGUUUGGAGAAAGGGGAGUGCAGUACAGAGUAUUUCUGGAGCACUGGAGUAAAGAUUUAGGGUAGAAGACAAGGGUUGCUUAUUGCUGUUUACUUCAAAUUCACUCAGGAUUAAUAAAAAACUAAGUGACUUAGAAUAAAUACUAACGAAGAGGUGGUAUUGUGAUAGGAAAAGAGCAUGGGCAUUAGUGACUGACCUUGGGUUCAAAUCUCAGUUCUGCUGUGUGACCUCAGCUACCACUUUUUUUAAGCCUCAGUUUUUUUAUAAUAUGAAUAUACCUAUACUGCCGGGUUGUGAAAGCUAAGUAACAUAUAGUAAAAGCACUUAGGACUUAGAGUAGCGGUUCUCAACCUGUGGGUCGCGACCCCUUUGGCAGUCGAACGACCCUUUCAUAGGGGUCGCCUAAGACCAUCCUGCAUAUCAGAUAUUUACAUGACGAUCAUAACAGUAGCAACAUUACAGUUAUGAAGUAACAACGAAAAUAAUUUUAUGGUUGGGUCACAACAUGAGGAACUGUAUUUAAAGGGCCGGAAAGUUGAGAACCACUGACUUAGAGGGUACUUACUUCAUGGCCACUCCUUCUAUUUGCUAUCCAAACCCUGUCUUGGGAAGGGAAGGCAGGUAAGAAAUGUAAAACCCCUUUCACAAGGGAAGUGAAGCAGCUGUAGAGCCAGUUUAGAGGUGAAGGAGGCCAGGAUGGGGUUUAGAUGCCACAUCACCCCCACCUUCACCUGAGGUACACAAAAUGCAAAUUCUCUGGGUAAGGAAGCAUAUUAAGCAUUAGAAAUAAGUGAAUUAAAUGACAUUAUUAUCUUACCCCAAGAUAAGCUUUGAUAAGAAGGAGAGCAAGGGAGCAAUGGAUGUCUGGUGGCUGGGACGGGGAGGAGCAUAGUAAAGAAAAUAGAGACCUUGAACUGGAGCUGGCGCCAAAGAAGAGACACACCUACCCAACAGCUCUGCCAAGGGACAGUUGUCAUUGCAGGUUAAUUCUUAUGGUUACAAGCUAUUUAGUCACCAGAGCCAAAGGACAUACCUGAUUGCCCCAGGGGCAAUACAGCAGUGGGCCAGUGAAGGAGGUUGACAAUUUGGGUACACGGUACAUUCCACUGCCUCAUCAGUUGAAUUAGGCAGCUAGGAGACCUCCCCUCCUGGCUUCCUCUGGAUUUGUCCUUUAAGACUAAGGCUCAGCUGUAUACUGUUCCAAUGCCCCAACUUCUUUGAGGCUUAGAAACAUUGACGAUUUUCAGAUAUGUGGCUAAGGAUGCUCCAUUUCAUCUCACUUGAGAUUCUGAUCCAGCCCUUAGACAACCCUUGGCCUCUUAGAUUUCCCUCCCCCUAGAGUUUGCACCCUAUUGAUGCCAAGGGUCAUUUGAAUUGACCUUUCAUCAGCGUUGGAGCAAUGAAAGCUGCAAGUUGAUCUUGGCAAAUCUCUCAUUAGUGAAACAAUACAAGAAGUGUCAGCAAAGGGUAGUUAUUAAAACCCAUUUGUACCUUUAUUAUAAUAGAUUGAGACACAUGGAAUGCUAGAGACUGUAUAGCAAAAGCCCACACAAUUUUGAAAGGAUAUUUAAGUUUCAAUUAGUAAAGUGGGGAGAACAAAGCCUACUUUAUAGGGUAGUUAGGAGAGGUGCCUGAUAUAUAUUGCAGAUUUAAAAUAUAUUCUAAAACAGACAAAAUUAGUACCACCGAAAACAUUUCUUCAUAAAGAAAUAACAGCAUGUUACUAUUACACAACUUUGAUAAAAUAUAUUUUGAUUCUGUCCAUGGGAUAUCGAACUUGCAGAUUUAAUCAAGGUAAUUAGCUUUGAAAGGUUGGAACCCCAACAUUUGUUUUCAGGGAAAUGCAAUUAAAACUAUAAUGACACAGGUUCGGAUAUUUGGUGUACUACCAUCUGUGGGAUUAUCUCUAAAUCAGAAUCCACCAAGGCAGAAUGAUAGGGCAGUGACAUGAGUCCUGAGCAAAGAGCCUCCAGAAAAGCAGCUGUGCAGAAAAGGGGGCUGCCCCCUCACAUCUCAUGCAAUGCAUGUUUCUUGGGGAACCUGGUGCUAAGUGAAAGAAUCCAGAAACAUGAUUGUAUAUUUUGUAAUUCCAUUUAUAUAACAUUCUGGAAAAGGCAAACUGACCAAAAGCACAUCAGUGGUUGCCAGGGAUUAUAUGAGGGAGGGAAUUGGCUAUAAAGGGGUGCAUUGGAAAUAUUCUAUAUCUUGACUGUGCAUUUGUCCAAACUCAUUAAAUUGUACACUUAA